AUGAUGAGUAUGGGGGCUAAAGAGACUUUUGGGAGUAUUUGUAGAAUUGGUCGUAAUCUGCUGACUAGUGGGAAACGGAAACCUAUAAGUGCGGUUGUUACCCGUCUCGUGCCACUCUCUCAAACAUCAAGUCGGUCUUUUAAACCAGCAGCCACUCGUUAUGUUUCAUACUCUGGACAAGACUCCAUUCCCUUCUUCUGUACAGGUCAUUCUUAUCAUACACUCUCAAAAUCCCAAACAGCAAUGGCCCACCUCACCCGCGAAGUAAUCGUCUUCCUCAUCAUCCUCGGCUGCAUCAUCUUCGUCUUCAUCGGCUACGGCGUGUACGCCCUGGCAACGGGCCUCGAGCACGAAAGUGACGGAUACCGGAACCCGUCGAAUGAGCAGGCGCAGUAUAUGCGGGAGGUGCGGGAGAGGAAUCUGGGGGUUUUCGCGUUUGCGUCGAGAAGGGC